AUGCCGGACGAUUCUAAAGAGAAGGGCUUCCCCGAUGUCUCCGCCAAACUAUCUGCGCUACCCAAGAAAUCGUUAUUUGAACGCCAGAAAGCCGAAGCCGAAGCUAAACGCGCUCGAGAGAAGGCCGAAACCGCAGCAGUCUACGAAGACUUUGUCAAAUCAUUCGAAGACGAAGCGCCCACUGCACCGAAGGGCUUCGACCCGCGACCGAACGCAUUCGGCCCUCGUGGUGGUGGGGUUGCAGGAGGACCAGCGCGGCGACAUUUUACAAGCUCUGGCCCUCGUAGCAGUGGUCCAGGCACACUAGGACCGGCGCCGCAAUCGCUAUCUCGAAAACGGACACAUGAAGGGUUUACACCUCUGCAACGAAAUCGUGAUUCUGCGCAUGGUGUUUCUGGGUUCGAUCAGACUACAACAGGUUCAUCUGCCCCAGCGCCUGGCUUUAAUAACCUAUUAGACGAUGAUGAAGACCAUCGGAAGGCCGACGCCAAAGACGUCGAAAGAGAAGCUGCAAAACCAACUCUUCAGCUGGCUUCCUUGCCUCCCGGAACGUCGCCUUCAGUGGUAAAGGCAUUGAUCCCAAGCUCAUUGGCGGUUGAUAAUGUACACAUCACACGACCCUCUACUCAAAAUGCAACAGAACGGAGAUCAUCAGCAGCUAUUGUCACUCUCGCGAGUGACACCGCGGCUUCUGAUAUCGACAGUGUCGUCAGUGCACUUCAGAACAAGUAUCUUGGUCGAGGAUAUUACCUCUCUUUGUCUCGGCAUCUCUCAUCUGUAGCGAUUACUUCAAAUCUUUCGGCAUCACUUGGCUCUUCUAGUAGUGGCUCAGCUCCAUUUGGGGCGAAAACUAUUCAACAAACUCACGGGGGCAGUCUGAAUCGCGCACCCCCGCCAGCGUCUCACCGCGGUGGGUUUGCUCCCCCAAGCUCAUACGGACCGAAUUUGGGAAGAGAGGAACCAUCCACACGGGUAGAGGUCAAGGCGCCGUCAGAUAUAAAGCAACUCAGGUUAAUACACAAAACGCUGGAAUCGCUCCUUCAGUAUGGGCCUGAGUUUGAAGCCUUGCUUAUGAGCCGUCCAGAAGUACAAAGAGAGGAAAGAUGGGCAUGGCUUUGGAAUGCUCGCAGCCCUGGAGGUGUGUACUACCGCUGGAAAUUAUGGAAGAUCGUCACACAACCUUUGCAGAUUCGCAAAAUGGACAAAUUUACUCAUAUCUUCGAGAAUGGACCAGACUGGUCCUCCCCUGAUAGUCAUAUCAAAUUCGAAUAUACUACACACCUCGACAAAUUUGUUUCUGAUGAGGACUACAAUUCAUCCGAUGAAGAGCAUUCAGAUAAUGAAGAUGAGAGACGUAAUCAAGGUGGUGGACCGCCUCCGGAAGGAAUAACAAGUCAACAAGAUGGCCUUGGCUACAUGAACCCCUUGCAAAAAGCCAAACUUACACAUCUUUUGGCUCGGCUGCCAACAACCCAUGCCAAGCUCCGGCGUGGUGAUAUCGCACGGAUUACUGCUUUCGCGAUCGAGCAUGCUGGCGCAGGUGCAGAUGAAGUUGUUGAUAUGAUCGUCUUGAAUAUUCUCAGCCCGUUGGCAUUUACUGGCGCCAACCCUGACCGAGAAUCAGAGAAAGCUGCCGCGGAUCAAGGCAAUGUUCCAAAAGAAGAGGGCGCCGAUGUGCAAUCUAAGCAACCAAUGGAUACAUCCUCGGCUAAACUAGUUGGGCUUUAUGUCAUUUCGGAUAUUCUUUCUUCAUCAGCAACCAGUGGCAUGCGCCAUGCCUGGCGAUAUCGACAGCUUUUCGAGUCUGCACUUCGUUCUCAUAAAGUUUUUGAACAUCUCGGUCACCUUGAAAAAGACCUCAAUUGGGGAAGGCUCAAAGCAGAUAAAUGGAAGCGCAGUGUCGGCACCCUUCUCCAUUUAUGGGAAGGGUGGUGUGUUUUCCCCCAGGACAGUCAUGAGCAUUUUGUCCAGAUGUUCGAGCAGCCGCCACCCACUGAAGAUGAAUUACAAAAGGAGAAGGAGAAAGUCGAAACGGAGAAGGCUAUCAAUGCAUUUUCUAAAGGAAAAAGUCGAUGGAAGGCUGUGGAUGAUGAUCCUACACCUGAAAACUCGAACUCAGGCCAAUCUAGUACAGCUGGGACACAAAGCCAGUCAGACAGAGUUGGUGUCUUAGAAGACGAAUCGAUGAGUGACAUCGAUGGAGUUCCCAUGGAAGAUAGUGAUCUAGAGGAGCUUGAAGAGGGGGAGCCCAUGGAGGAAGACGAUUCAAAACAGGACGAGGAGAAGAGGGCCACAGCCCUAGAAUCUACACAACCUGAAGUAGAGCCUGAGGAGCGGGAUUCCUCUCGACGCCCACGAAGGCCCCGGCCUAAAGCUGAAGACAUGUUUGCAUCUGACUCAGAAGUAGGCCAGUGA